CUCUUGUAUCUCAGACACUGCUGAUCUAGACUUACACAUGACGAAUGUUAAAUUCUAGGUAGUGAUUCGUGCACGCUGUCGUCGAGGUAUUUCAAAAUGACUGUGGCAGAUGAACUACCUUCUCAAGACCUGACGCACCUGACCUUCUCCGAAAAGGGGAGACGGCGGCAGUCAUUCCGAACCGGCUACCGUUUUGGAAUAUCGGGGCUCAUGGUCUCUAAGAAAGAGACCAGGCAGUACUACUCAAUCAGCUUGUUUGUGACCACGUUCGAAAGCACAUAGAGACUUCAACCCCGAUAUCCUGAAAUGAAAGUCACACUUUACGCAUGACUCAAGCAGCGUCAAGGUCCCCUUCAGGCAUGAUCUAGGGACCUAAUGCAUGACUCUUGCUAUCUUCCGACCACUGCUUUGAAGUAGUUGUUUGAAGACACCUUGAUUCGCAGCCACCAACCUGCAGUUCUUUGGUCAACGCUCGCAUUCGCAUACACGCGCAGAAGCAAUUCAGGGUCAUCAUAAAAUUUGAUGUCGCACACCACGCUAGAAUAGCGUGUCUCUUUGUU